AUGUAUAAACCGGGUUGCGAGAACAAAGCUGCAGAUGGUCUAUCAAGAAUUCCGACCAGUUCAGCUCUCAUCAGUUCAACGUUAUUGGCUUUGACAGUUCCAGAGGCAUUACAGCUACAAGACCUUUACAAAGAAAUCGAGAAAGAUGUUGAUAUUCAGACUAUCAUUUCUCAGGUGAAAGCAGGAACAGCAGCUUCGAGUUAUGAGGUGAUCAAUGAGCUACUUUGGUUUCGACAAAGAUUGGUGAUUCCUCGUGACUCUUCAUUCAUUCCGUUGAUCAUCAGUCAGUGCCACGACAGCCAAAUUGGAGGUCACUCGGGUGUUUUGAAGACAGUUAAGCGGAUCCAACUCAGCUUUCAGCGGUCGGGAAUGUAUAAAAUGGUUCAGCGUUACGUUUCAGAAUGUUUGAUCUGUCAGCAUUAUAAAUACUCCACUCUCUCUCCGGCAGGCUUACUUCAACCGCUUCCGAUUCCGACUGCUGUAUGGGAAGAUAUUAGUAUGGACUUUGUGGAAGGGUUACCAAUGUCCUGUGGUUUCAAUGUGAUUCUUGUGGUGAUUGAUCGUCUCAGCAAAUUUGGUCAUUUCAUAGGUCUGCGGCACCCGUUUAAUGCAGUAGAUGUGGCUCAGAGUUUUAUCAGGGAGAUAGUGAGGCUGCAUGGGUUCCCUCGUUCGAUUGUUUCUGAUAGAGAUAAGAUUUUUCUGAGCAAAUUCUGGAAAGAACUAUUUCGUCUGGAGGGAACUAAACUCAACUAUAGCACGGCCUUUCACCCUCAUACCGAUGGACAAACGGAGGUACUAAACCGUUGCCUUGAGACGUAUCUUCGUUGUUUUGCAUCCGGCCAUCCCAAAACUUGGCACAAGUUUCUUCCUUGGGCAGAGCUUUGGUACAAUACGUCGUACCACACAGCUUUAAAGACGUCUCCUUUCCGCGUUUUAUAUGGCCGAGAUCCCCCGAGUGUAUUGACAGGGUUCAACGUCUAA